UCACAAGAAGCCAUCAUUAAUCCAUGUCCUGGUAGGAAGCAUAACUUAUAGAGAAGCUAGUACAUUCUGAGAAAGAAGGAAGUAAAAAGAGGCAGCAAACCACUACCCUAACCUGAUUGUCCUUUAAAUAUGUCAAGAUCCAGACUUUUCAGUGUCACUUCAGUGAUCUCAACAUUAGGGAUCUUGUGUUUGCUGCUAUUCCAGUUGGUGCUCUCGGACCUACCAUGUGAAGAAGAUGAAAUGUGUGUAAAUUAUAAUGAUCGACACCCUAAUGGCUGGUAUAUCUGGAUCCUGCUGCUGGUUUUCAUGGCAACUCUUCUCUGCGGAGCAGUGGUCCUCUGCCUCCAGUGCUGGCUGAGGAGACCCCGAAUUGAUUCUCACAGGCGCACCAUGGCCGUUUUUGCUGUUGGAGACUUGGACUCCAUUUAUGGGACAGAAGCAGCUGUGAGUCCAACUGUUGGAAUUCACCUUCAGGCUCAAACCCCUGACCUGUAUCCUGUUCCAUAUGAAGAAAUUUUAGGCUCCCCACCUCCAUAUGAAGAUAUUAUAAAAACAAGCUGAUCUGAGGUCUGGAUUAUCAAUUUAAAGUAUUAAAGACAUCUGUAAUUCCAAAACAUCAAAUUAAGGAAUAGUUACUUCAGUUGGUGGAAAUGUCCAGAAAUCUAUUCAGAUAGUCUGAGGAAGGACAAAUAGACAAAAAUUAAAAAAUGGAUGUCUGGAAACAUUUUGGUCACGGAGAUGUCUAAAUAGUAAAUUAGUGGAUUCUUGAUGUGUCACUGCUGUGUCAUACUUUUAUGCUACACCACUGAAUUAAUGCUUUCCACUAGAACCUAAAUAAACAAUAAUUAGGUGAUGGAAGUUGUCUCUGUUACAUUUGGGACUCCACUGCAGUAUACGUCGCACCAUUUUCUGCUUUAAACUUUUUCCUAGUGUGGAGUCCAUAAAAAUGAUUGUAAUUUAACAGUAGCCCAAGCAGAGAAUCCAACAUGUCCAGAACCAGAACCAGAAAGGUAAUAUUUGAAUUAUGGUGAGUGAGGGAAGAGAGUUGGUAAAAGUUUGGAGUUGAAGGGUAUAGGAUAAAUGAAGAGGAAAAGAAAAGAUUACAAGUCUCAGUCUAAGAGACUUUAUGCCUCAACCUUGGGAGGAAGAAAUUGUAGAUAGAAGGUAAAGGAGAUUGCUGAAGACAUGGACCAUAAGUAAUGCCAAUGGGGUGAGGACCUGGACUCCAUAGCCACAGCCUUUCUCUGGAGCUUCAAGGGUUGGCAUUUACUGGAGCACUAUGCUAAGAACCUUUGGCAUAGAUAUCAGUGUUCUCAUGAGGACUGCAGACAUCUUCAAGUGGCAUUUUGGAAGUGGCCAUCAGUAGAGGGACAGAAAAAAACAUCUAUUGUAGAUGCUAUAUGAGCUUUAGCUCACAAACUUGUUGGAAAAAAACAAUAAACAUCAA